AUUUUAAGGAUAGUCUUUGAUAGAUAAGAUAAAGUCGUUAUAAAUAAAUGUUGAAGUACAUCCGCGUCAAACAAUUGUAGUUGUACUAGAUCUAUAUAACAGAAGAGGAUGUUUUUCGCAAUACUAAUUUUAGGCGUUAUUUCUGGAAUUUCUGAGGCUGUAGUGUGCAAAAAUAACACGGAUUGCGGAACUGGGGAAUGCUGCUACAUUCAGCCGGAAUUUAUGGUGGUUAGUAAACGACAGGCCCUGCUCCCACACCUUCACCAACAUCAUGAUACAGGUGUGUGCGAGAAGUACAGACAGAUGGGCGAUCACUGUGGUGUGUUUGAGAUAAUGAACGGACAUUGUGGUUGCGGGUAUGGCACGCACUGCAGGUGGGUUCCAGAACCUACCACUACUAAAUCACCUAUUAUAAGAAAGAUGCUUCCAUACCAUGACGGUCCAGGUGCUUACAAAUGUGCUUAACGAGCCAAAAAGCUUGAAAUGUCUGUAAUCAAACAUAAAACAUGUAAUAUAAGAGACGUUUUGUCCCUGUU